AGUCCAAACAUUGAUUUAGUUAAUUAGGUCCUUAUCCGCAGCGAAAAACAGAUCAAGUUUGCCAUCUGUAAUGGCGGCUACUAUUACGGCGGUUAACCUUCUAAAAGCCGGUGGCAAUUCUACGCUGUUUCUCCGCCGCAGUUAUCAGGCUCAAUCUCGUUUAAGCAACUGCAAUCUUAAAGUUAACGCAAUUGGAUAUGUCGACCCGGUCAGACGGAUAUCAAUCCCUUUGGCCGUAAAUCGUCCUAACGGGAAUACAACAAAAUUGUUCUGUACUUCAUCAUCCUCUGUGCAGGACACAGUUGUUCCCGUGUCCCCUACAAACGAACAAUCCCGCUCUCCUUCACCAGAAAAUGAGAGCGAAGAAAGAGAAAACGCGAUAAAGAACGCGGCUAACACGUUGGAACUUAGGGUGGGACGGAUUCUGAAGGCAUGGAGACACGAGGAGGCUGAUUCCUUGUACGUUGAAGAGGUGGAUGUUGGAGAGCCUGAACCUAGAAUAAUUUGCAGCGGCCUUGUUAAAUAUAUUCCGCUUGAAUUCCUUCAGGACAAGAUGGUAGUUGUACUUGCUAAUCUUAAGCCAAGGAAUAUGCGUGGUGUCAAAUCAUUUGGAAUGCUAAUGGCAGCAUCUGAUGCCUCGCAUGAAACUGUUGAGCUUCUCGAGCCUCCGGAGGGUUCAUCUCCUGGUGAAAGGAUAUGGUUUGGUUCGUCUGAUGAGAAGGAAAACCUUCCUGAGGUCGUCACAGCAAACCAGGUUCAUAAGAAAAAGAUAUGGGAGCAAGUUCAGCCUCAUCUUAAGACAGAUUCAUCGAGCAUUGCCAUGCUUGGGGAGCAUUCAAUGCGAACAUCAACUGGGGUUGUGGUUUGCAAAUCUUUGAAAAACGCUAAUAUAUCAUGAACCUUAUUAUAUGAUUCUCUAUGAAGCACUAUUUAUGUCAUGUGGGUGCACAAUCAUUUUUCAUUUCCCAAUAGUAAGAGCUUGACCAAUUCAUUUGCC